AUGACCGAUAAUAAUGAUGGUGAGGACGCCUAUAUGCAAAUGCUGAAUAAUCCAAUGAUCAACCCUCCUCAUUCUACAAAACCGCAAAUGACCAAAGAAUCCAAGCUGAAGCCUGCCUCAUUUCCGAUUGUCCAAGAGGCACGCGACCUGUUGACAAGCGCAGCAAAGAAUAUCUAUCUCGAAUCAGAAUCCGAUGAACCUUUUGAAUGGAUCAACACUAAAACUACCAAAACAGCACUACCCACUUCUAUAGACGAACUAGAUGAUCUUGACCUAUUGAACGGUAACGAAGAGAAUCGCCUCGAAAUAAAGUCAUAUCACGAGUUCCUACAGGACGAACGAUACAAGCCGAUUAGAGAGAGUCUAGACAGAUUAAAGGAAAGAGUCGAUCAAGAAAGUAAAGUUUACCUUGUCGGUCGCAACUCAAUCACCGUGUUGAUCUUGACUAUAGUUCAUCAUGAACAGGAACACGCUAUUGUUGGGUUAAAGAGUCUGUUGGUUCAAACGUAA